AUGCUCGCCCGACUCGCUGGAAGCUCUCGAGGCCCCGCCGCGCGGGCGGUCCGGUCCCUGUCGUCGGCGCUCGGCGUCCCGCUGCCCGUCGCUCCGGCUGCCGAGGUCAAGCCUGGCCGCACGGCGCAGGCAUUCUACCGCAACCUGCCCGUCUCGCCGAAGAAGCUGCGCGUGGUGGCGAACCUCACUCCCAAGCUGUACUGGCGGGAGGCGAUGAUGCAGCUCGAGUUUUGCCGCAAGCAGAUGGCCGUCAUGGUCAAGAAUGCGAUCGAGUCGGCCGCCGGCAACGCCGAGGCGCAGGGCCUCUCCAAAGAAAGAUUAGUCGUGGACGAGGUUGUCGUCAACAAGGGGAAGCACUUCAAAAAGAUGGACAUCAAGGCGAGGGGGAAGACGGGGAUCCGCAAGACGUACUUUUCGCACCUGCGCGUGGUCCUCCGCGAGGUUGCCGAGGAGGAGGUCGGCCGCACGCAGCACUUUGGAAAGUGGCGGCCCGGCUCGAAGCUAAACCAGCUGCUCGCGCUGCCGUGGGCGGAGCGAGUCAAGCACCUCCCGCGAUAUAAGCCCCUCCCAGGCUACGACCCGCACGGGUGA